AUGUGUAACUACUCUUAUGUCGAGUUCCGGUGCCAACAUCACGCUUGGAUUGUACGAAAGUGGUGCCCCAGCUAUGAAAGAUCCCAGAAACCAUGCUCGCCCAAAGUUGUUGACCCCCCAGAGUUUUGGGGCCACAAGCUGUGCUCCAAAUGCCAACCUCCUGGACAGCUGGCUGAAGCUGUGAGAAGGCAUUAUAGUGUUAUUGGUUGA